AUGGGACGGCAUAUUACCGGUGCCACCAAUCCUAUCGUUCUCUAUGUCUCCGGCGGCAACACUCAGGUAAUCGCGUACAGUGCACAGCGAUACCGUAUCUUCGGCGAGACCCUCGACAUCGCCGUCGGAAAUUGUCUGGAUCGAUUUGCGCGGACCCUACGCAUUUCCAAUGAUCCCGCCCCGGGAUACAACAUCGAGCAGCUGGCCAAGAAGGGGAAGCGCCUGGUCGACCUCCCGUACACAGUGAAGGGGAUGGACUGCUCCUUUUCAGGGAUUCUGGCUGCUAUCGAAGCGCUGGCGGCUGAGUAUGGACUCGACGGAGAAGGAGGAAAGGAUGCCGAUGAUGAUGAUGACGGCAAUGGUUCUCGUGAAGUUGUUGAGAUCGACGCAGAUAGCAACGUCAAGCCUACGCGCGCGGACCUCUGCUUCUCGUUGCAGGAGACCGUCUUCGCGAUGUUGGUCGAAAUUACAGAGCGCGCCAUGGCGCACGUUGGUUCGAAAGAUGUCCUCAUCGUCGGCGGGGUUGGCUGCAACGAACGCCUGCAAGAGAUGAUGGGCACAAUGGCGCGUGACCGAGGCGGUCACGUCUUUGCCACCGACGAGCGCUUCUGCAUCGACAACGGCAUCAUGAUCGCCCAGGCGGGCUUACUCGCGUACAAGACCGGAUUCCGGACGCCACUGGAAGAGUCGACGUCUAUUGAUGAAGGCGUCUGUUUCUGUCUAUUGUAUGCAUGA